ACAUAUCAACGAUGGAUGAAACACGUUCAAGAAGGAAAUACAAGACUGAAACAUUCGAUGCGAAAUGAUCAAACAGCUGGUACAUUGGCGGAUUUAAUUCAGAGUGAGUUAAACACAACAGCAAUUGAUGUUUCGUCCAAUGAAAAUGAAGAUAUCAGCAAUUUAAAUAAUAUUGUUCACGAUGAUAACUAUUGCAAAGAAUCUGAUAGAGAUGUGAAUUAUAACGAUGAAAUCGACAAUGAUGGUUUUGUUUCCGAAGAUGAUUUUGAUUUGUUUGAAAGACCAGACAUGAAUUAUAACACAAAUGAUGAUACUAUCAUGUUCGAAGCUGCCGGUUUGUCGAUUUUUCAAGUUUUUACAAUGAUCCAAGCUUUAUGUUUACGUUAUCAUCAUUCCGAUGAAUCUAGACAUGCUUUACUAAAUUUGAUAAAAAUUUUGGCUGGUCCAAAAUUUAGGCAUAUUAAUAUUACUAAGUAUACGAUGUCAAAGAAGUAUAACCCGCCUGCGGAUAAAAUAUUGUAUGUAUUUUACUGUACACAAUGUUACUGUUUACUGUUAAAUCCACUCUCUAAAGAUCAUAUUGGUAAAAAUGUAAGUGCUACGUGCGGUCAGUGUGAGGAAAGAUAUCAAAUUUCUAUUCGUGCUAUGCAAAUGGUGAGCAUCUACAUGGUUCUAUGCGAUAUCCUUUUACAGAAAACGAUUUACAGAGAAACCAUGUAAAAUAUCUAAAAGAUGUAGAAGAAGUUAAGCGGUUGCAAAGACCAGUUAAUGGUGUUAAAGGUCCUUCAAUUUUGUCAGAAUUGAAAUAUUUUGAUUGUGUAUGGGGAUUUCCCGUAGAAUAUAUGCACGGUACAUUGUUAGGAGUUGUGCGCCAAAUGUGGGAUGAGUGGAACUCUCCUAGUUCUCCAUUUUAUUUAUCGCGAAAACAAAGAGACAAUAUUGAUAAAAGAUUAUUGAAUAUAAAGCCUCCGAAAGAAAUCCAUCGUUUACCGCGGUCAUUUAAAGAAGGUAAACUUAAAGCGAGUGAAUGGCGGUCAUGGACUUUAUU